GGUGGGGUGUGUGUUUUUACUCGUAAUACGCAUUAAGUUUCCCAUCGGACAGCAAAAAAGUAUUUGUAACUUUCUGCCAUGAAGGGUCCCUAGUUUCUUUCUCCUUCCCGCUACUAUCUCUCUCUAUCUUCGCUUCUGCACACCCAAAUUAUCCCCCACAGCAGCCUAUAAUCAUCUCCUUCUUCCUUCUCGCUUUACCCCCAGAACUUGGUUCAGAAGCUUCGUUUGCAGGUGCAAAAGAGUUUGAGAUUAUUCAGUUGGGGUGAUGUCUCCGCCACUGCUUGGUAUUGGGGAGGACGAAGGCCAAAGUAAUGUUAAUCUGAUGGCUUCUCCGAUCUCUUUAGACAGUUUAGGGCAGAAUGGAGCUGAGCUGAAAGAGUGGAACUAUAUGGGACUGUCUGACUGUUCAUCUGUGGAUAGUUCCACCAUAUCCACCACAUCAGAGAAUAGUAGUGCCUGUGGACUGACUUUGAGGGCAACUGAGUUAAGACUUGGACUUCCUGGCUCACAAUCUCCUGUUAGGGAUGUCGAGCUUAGCCCGCUGAGCUCGACUAAGCUUGACGAGAAGCUGCUUUUCCCACUUUGCCCUUCCAAUGAAAACAACUUCAUUCUAUCACAGAAGACUGUAGUUUCUGGAAAUAAAAGAGGGUUUUCUGAUGCUAUGGACGGUUUCUCAGAGGAAAAGUUUCUCUCUUGUUCAAGUGUCAAAACCGGUUCAGUGAAAGAGAACCAAGGCUCGCAACAGGCUAAAAUCAAAGAGGGGCCAACCCCAAACACAAUGCUGGAGAGGCCUCGAGCUAAAGAUGAGAACAUUCAAAACCAAGGUGGAGGUAGUGCUCCUGCUACAAAAGCUCAGGUUGUUGGUUGGCCACCAAUUAGAUCUUACAGGAAGAACACAAUAGCAUCUGCCUCAAAGAACAUUGAAGAAGUUGACGGUAAAGCAGGAUCAGGUGCCCUUUUUAUUAAGGUCAGCAUGGAUGGUGCUCCUUAUCUGAGGAAAGUGGAUCUCAGAAUGUAUUCUGCUUACCAGGAACUCUCAUCUGCUCUUGAAAAGAUGUUCAGCUGUUUUACCAUUGGUCAAUAUGGAGCUCAUGGAGCACCAGGAAAAGAGAUUUUAAGCGAGACUAAGUUGAAGGAUUUGAUUCAUGGAUCUGAAUAUGUCCUAACUUAUGAGGAUAAGGAUGGUGAUUGGAUGCUUGUUGGUGAUGUUCCUUGGGAGAUGUUCAUUGAUACAUGUAAGAGGCUGAGAAUCAUGAAGAGCUCUGAUGCCAUUGGAUUGGGUGAGUGGUUUUAAUACUGUUCAAUAAUCUUUUGAAUUAUUAUAAUGUGUUAUGGCAAGUAAGAAAAGAAAAUGUACUAUGCAUGUGACAAUAUAGCUGAAAGGGAAAUUACAUUUGUACACGCACAUGUGUACACGGUUUGUAUAUGCCCCCUAUAUUUUGUAGGUAGCAGUAAGCACAAACAAUUUGUCUUAAAUAUGCACAAGUUGUCUAUGACACAGACAAUAUAUGGGCGUAUACAAAUUGGCGUACACCAAGAAUUGCUAAAUAAUGAAUAAGAUUGUCCAAGGAACACCACAACUGUUCCUUCCCACCAUUGAAAACAGGCUCUUACAUCGCCGUCUACUUUUAGCUCCUUUGUGCCACCACAUGCAUAAAAGGCCUACACAUUUGGUAUAUGCUUUUCAGCACAACCAAGGGUUCUUUCCAUGUAACUUUGCGUUGAAUUUUGCAGCCCCUAGGGCCAUGGAGAAAUGCCGAACCAGGAUAUAGGUAAUAUGUCCUACACAUGAUUGAGGCUAUCCGCUGUCCAACAAAUACCAGAGGAAGCAGUGGUUGAUGUUGAUAUGUUGAGAGGUUGGCUAAUACACAUGUGCAUAUGGGGUGUUGGCUACGGAUAGCAUGUCAUGGGUAGAUCAUUUACCGAUUAUCUAAUUGACGCAUUCAUCUAUCUUCAUAUCCCUGCAAUACUUAGUACUAUAAGGACUCACAAUGUGGUAAAUUUGUGAGUUCCUUUAGAUGAAUAGUAUUAUUAGUAUGUAAAGCCAGCCUAUUGUUGAACUUUCUUGUAUGUGUGUACUUGAGACAAAAAUUGAUGUUAGCUUAAUUCCUUAACUGUGCACCCUGAAACUUGAGUUUAUUUUCUGUUUCAAAUAAAUAAAUGUCUGCUUGUUCAUUUGUUUUGUCAUC